AUGGUGUCGACGCGGUCGUUGACAUGGACAUGCCUUCUGGUGCAGCUGGUGAUGUCCAUCGCCUGUCUGGUCGCCUCGAUGGCCGUCAUCGCCGCCAAACUUCAGUCCGUAUCCAUUUACGAAGACAAACAGUUUGUCAGCAUCGAAUGGUGGGCGUUCUCUUGUAUGAGCUUUGCGAUGAUUCUGGCCACCGUUACUUCAAUGAUUGGUCUAUCCAAUAACAAGAACUUCCUUCUUCUUCCACAUCUGUGCCUACUGGUUGUUCUAGCGGGUGAGAUGGUCUUGCUGAUCGUCGGCCUCACUGGUAUCGGUAUGUUACAUGGCUGGACUGAAGGUAUCGGCUAUCACAUGCGAGAGUACUACACACCUUUAUGGUUAUGUGCAGUGCUGAUGUGUCUAUUACUGGCGCUUGUUAUUUCGCUUUUCUUCGUAUUCGUCUGCCUUCAUUGCAAUCAUCCGGGUAUUAUUAAGCAGCACAUUAUUUUGUUGGCUGCAUCGUGGCCAAUAGCUGUGCUUCUUAUUGCGUCGGCGGUGGUGUCUGGUGCACCACUGCUAGUCGGGUUUGUGCUUAUUCUCUACUUCACCGCUCUUCUACCAUUUGCUCGACUCUACAGCACUGUUAAAUGGACGGCUACCAUUGACCCUCCUGUCUGA